UUUACGCUGAAGAACGUUUAGCGUUUUUCUUCGUCGACGCAGAAUGGACCCGAGGAACGAAGAUCAAGACUUCAGCUUCAACACGAUUUAUUAAAACAUUUACUUAAUUAUACAAGUUCGUGUUUUAGGAUAUUUUUGUUGUUCGAAAAGCAGGGUUUAGGAUUUGGAAGAAUUUGAAGAAGUGUCCGUUAAAUUGCGUUAGCUAACUUGCUAAUUGUUAGCUCUGCUCUCAUAACCUUGGAAGACGAGCUAUCCGAAGAUGGUGAGACCUCACUCAGGUUCUUCUCGGUCUAGACAGAGGUCCUUCUCUGACAGCAGUCACACUGAGCACCAUGAAGGGCGUAUGGGCCCUUCUUCUAGGGGAUUUAGAGGCCCCCCAGGUAAGGCACCUCCCAGCUGGAGGGAGAGCAACAGUGGAGGACCCUCGUCCUAUCCCAGGAGACCACCCAUGAUGGGAGAACCUAGGGAGAGACCUCAUGGACAUUGGACACCACCGAAAAAGGACAACUACAGACCGUAUCCUGUGUCACGGGAUUUCCAGCAAGGCCGCAGAAGGCCUUCCAUGAGCCCCCCCAACCGCCCUCCCCCAGUCCAACACGGUCGUGUAUCACCUCACAGUCCUUCACACGGACCUCCGAACCACCACAGACCCUUCCAUGGGAACAACUCUGGGCGUGUCUCUCCUUCCCGUUACUUUCGCAGCUUCCCGUCAGACCGCAGGGGUCCGUCACCCCAUAGUACCUUCAGAGCCCCACCAAGAUUCCCAAGUCCUGCACAUGAGCAGGAAAGGAGCUGGGGUCCCAAAAGACACCUAAAUACCAGAGAAAGGCCCUUCGGACGACCGGCUCGUGGAGGGCAUCGCUGGAACGGCCCAGGGAGCUUCCCAAAACCCAACGGAGGGCCAAGACACUCUGGUUCUCCCCAGAGGAAGCCCAGGGAGUUUCAGGAGAGGAGCUCAUAUCCAGAGAGGUGGUCUACAGAGCGAGAUCCACGGAAGCAUCACGGAGAAGCUGGCAGAGGGCGAGAGAGGCCUGGACACAAUGCCCCUGAAUGGGCGCGCCACGAAGGUGCUAAACCACACCCUCGUCCUCCCUACAGACCAUCGUCAUGGAAAACCGGCCCACCGUCUUUCUCCCAGUCAUUCUCCAGAUUCCCUCCACCUCUGAGACCUCAGGAGAGGCCCAUCAUGCGUCUUCUGAAGAGAAGGGGUCUGGAAACUGGACGCCCACCAUCACCCUCGGCAGAGUACGGCCCACCUAAACGCGUCCGUAGGGACCUACCGCUUCGACCUCUGCCCCUGAAACCUUUCGGAGGUCGUGGUCUGUCCCUCAAGGACAAGUCUCGUCUGCUGAGCAGGCGCAAGUUCAGAGAGGAGUCUGUGGCACGGCUGAAAAUGCCCCCGCCCAGGAUCUCAGGCAAGAUACAGAAGAUCAAGGUGCAGAGAACAUCAAAGGAUGACGAUGAUGAUGAUGAAGAGUCCUCCAGAACCCCGCCUCGCAAGGUCCUGCUGAAGAAAAGUGUGAAGAGGCUGGCACCGGGAAAAUCUGACGCCAGCUCCAAGUCGGCGUCAGACUCCGACUCGCAGGUGGAAUCCCGGCGCUCCGUAAGAGCACGCAGCUCCUCACCUUUAGACAGACAUCUGACCCGGGACCUGGUGGUGGUUUCACACUGGGAGGCUGGAACCACCCGCAGCUCCAGCCCUAAGAGCAGCACGUCCUGGAGGGGCCGAGUGUCCAGCAAGAACGACAGGGAUCUGAGCGAGCGCUUUGUGAACUCUCAGCGUGACCUGAAGCUCCGCCGGUCAGGAGAAGGUCCCGUUAGAUCCUUCAGGAGGCCGCCGCCGUUCCUGAAACCCGGUUUCCGCUCGUCCCGCCCCGCGCCGGUGGUUAAGAGGGGCUCGGAUGGAGUCUUCAGGAGGCCCCUGAUGGCCUCCAUCAUUCCUCGCCCCCCGCAGCAGAAGCCCGUGCUGAGGAAGAGCCAGAGCAUCAUGACCAAGUACAGGAACCUGCAGACGCGCCAGAAAGCACCGCCGCCUACACGCCAGGCUACCAGCUACCGCCGCUGGUGAGCUCUCUACAGAGUGAGUGAGACACACCGGAGCACCCAGCCUGACCUGGUCUGCACAGCUGCAUGUUCAGUACAGGCCACGCCCACUCUGUGCUGGGGGGUGUUGCAGCUGUGUGAACGGUAAAUUCAGUCUGAUCUGAAUCAGACCUGAAUCCCAGCAGUAGUGGUACAGAAGCCGCUCUGGUGUGAAUCUGGUUCUCGUUUGGUUUUUAUGGAUGUGAUGUGAGGGCGGGGGCAGGUCCUGUUCUGUAAAUAAUAAAUCAGUAGAUAGAAUGAAAUUGUGGGUGUGUGUGGGUGUCUGUGUGUGUGUGUGGGUGUGUGUGUGUGGGUGUCUCUCUGUGUGUGUGUGUGUGUGUGGGUGGGUGUGUGUGUGUGUGGACUUAAUGAGAUUAACGAGCUCCUGUAGUUCAUUAGCUAUAAAUUUAGAUUCACCUUCAAGCCCUUUGUACAAAACUGUAUUGUUUAUAGAUUUCAAUAAAACUGGAACAUUUCUGUA